AGGCGUACACGGCGGCGGCGCCUCCCGGGCCGGGGCGGCUGUUGAAGGCUGGGGCCGCGGUGCUGAUCGCCGGAGCCCUCCUGCUCCUGGCCGGGGCCAUCGGCGCCUUCUACUUCUGGAAAGCCACGGAGCGGCAGGGGGGGGUGUACAAUGUUCACUAUACUAUGAGCAUUAAUGGAAAAGUACAAGAUGGAUCGAUGGAAAUAGAUGCUGGAAACAACUUAGAGACAUUCAAAACAGGCAGUGGAAGUGAAGAGGCUGUUGAAGUUCAUGAUUUUCAGAUUGGCAUAACUGGAAUCCGCUUUGCUGAAGGAGAAAAGUGUUACAUCAAAGCUCAGCCAAAAGCUCACGUCCCCGAAGUUGACGCUAUGACUAAAGCGAGCCUCUCAUCUGAGCUGGAAGAUGAAAUCAUGCCUGUGAGAUUUGACGAAAACUCCCUUAUCUGGGUGGCUGCAGAUGAGCCUAUCAAGCAUAACAGCUUCCUAAGCCCCAAAAUUUUAGAGCUUUGUGGGGAUCUUCCAAUUUUCUGGCUGCGACCAACAUAUCCCAAAGAUAACCAAAGGAGAGAAAUGAAGAGAAACAAACGCCAAUCAGAAUCCAACUUUGAUACAGAAGACUUGGAAGCUGCUGCUGAAGAAGUAAACACCAGGUCACCCACCCCUCAGCUGACUCAAGAGCUUGGUGGCCAACUGAAUGAAACCAGGCCAAUGGGACAAGAAGCCGAUCAAACACUUAAUCCAGACAACCCCUAUAAUCAGCUGGAAGGUGAAGGGAUGGCUUUUGACCCCAUGCUGGAUCACCUCGGUGUGUGCUGCAUCGAGUGCAGGCGAAGCUACACUCAGUGCCAGAGAAUCUGCGAGCCCCUCAUGGGCUACCACCCAUGGCCUUACAACUACCAGGGCUGUCGCACCGCCUGCAGAAUCAUCAUGCCCUGCAGCUGGUGGGUCGCUCGCAUCAUGGGUGUUGUGUGA